AUGCUCGUUCGCUCUGCCGGCCGGAGACAAGGGCAGACGAAUCGCAUCCUCGCCUCUUCCUUUGCACAGCUCCAAUUGCCAUGGCUGGCGCCCGCGCAGCUCCGAUGGAGUGCUUCCCAAGCACCAGCACUAGAACGCCCUUCCUCUCGACGCCGACAGAUCGACGCACCCCGGUUGCAGCAAGUCAAGGCGCAGACUCGAGAACUUGCCACUGCGGCCGGUCAGAUUGCUGUGACCGAUGGUGCUGCAUAUCCACCACCAGCCUAUCGGCUGACGCACAGCGCUCCCGGAUUCAGAAACAGUGGCGAUAUCAAUAUACCUUGGGACCACUCACAAACGUUAUCGGCGAUACGGCCAUACAAGAAUCCGAUAAUCAUCAAUAGCACAACCCAGGAUCCUGCCAAGAUGAUUAAGAUCCAGCAUGGUAUUCAGGGCACUACCGCCGAGCUGCUACAGCACUUGUACACUAGUCUGCGAAUAGGACGCUUCACCCGAGCAGAGCUAAUUAUCCAGCGCUUGUCGGAGCAGAGCACUCCUACUGCGCCCGAGCUCAUACACGCACACACUGCGUACCUGGAAGAGAUGCUAGGCGCGCUGGCAUCACAGGCGGAGGGGUCGGAGGAGGCGAAGACAACACUGAAGGCUAUGCAGGACUGGUUUCAGGUGGCGAUUCGCGCAAAGGGUGUCGUCCCGGAUGCUAAGAUGCUGGUGGUCAUGAUCAGAGCAGCGAUACGAGGUACGGAUGGCACCGAGCGCGAUCUUGCCAUUCGCGAAUACGUGGAUGCUGCUGAGGCGAUGGGCGAGGAGACGCUGGAUAAUGUGCUCUAUUCGGAAGACUACGACGAUAACGAGUUCUUCAUCAUGGGCGUGGCUUCCUCUGACCUCUACCAGGAGGAGGCGCAACCGGCUGAGCACGAGCAGCAAGUCACCGCAGAGCAGACCCAAGCACAGAGUAUCAUCAAAGAGCCGCCGCAGUACCACGCCCGAGACGACCUCGUCGGGCCAGAUUACCUGCCACUAGUCAUGUCGACAGAACAGAAAGGCACAGGGCUAGCAAACGUCAAGCGUGCUCUCGAGGACUUCAUCAACAUGCCACCACCUACCGCGGAUCUCCCUUUGGAAACACAGCGAGAGCAGGCAUAUGAAAGACAGCGCACAAUGGAAGAGACGUCUGUCGAGAUCGCCAUAGACAGAUGGAAAGAAGCAGACGAGGAUCUGCGACGAAUGGGUAUCAGCACAGCUAUGCAGACCUUACAGACCGAGCUAAAAGAGGCGAAAAAGAUGCCCGACACACAACAGCCCAACAGACUCCGCGACGACGACCGAUAUCACUAUGGCCCUCUGCUGGAGCUUCUGCCGGCGGAGAAAGUCGCAGCGAGCACUAUCCUGUUUGUCAUCUCGAAAAUCGCUCAAGGCAAGGAUCGUGUAAGUGGGAGGUACGAGCCCGAGAUGAAACUUAAUUCUCUCACCACGGGCCUGGGCAGAGCAAUGGAAGCCGAAGCCAUAGCCGAAGCCUCCAAGCGCCGACUCAAGGAAGAGCAGAAGCAAGCCAAAUCCUCAGCGGGCUCCAAAGGCCUCAGCCGUCGUAUUCGCCAAAAGCUAGCAAGCAAUCGACAUACUCUCAACCGCUACGAGCGAUCAAAACUGCUGGGCGCUUCGGAAGCUGGCCGCUUGACCUGGCCACUUGCGCCCAAAGUCAAGCUUGGCGCGAUGCUGACCCAGAAACUUGUCGAGAAAGCACAGCUACCUGUGACCCGCGAACACCCACGGACCAAGGAGAAGAUAACACAAAUGCAACCCGCUUUCCUUCAUCGGAUCAAAUAUGUUGCGGGUAAGAAAAUCGGCGUGGUGGUUCCUAAUCCCGCUCUUCUCGAUAAAUUGCAGAGUGAGCCUCUGGGAGCUGUGCUUGCAAAACGUAUGCCCAUGGUCGUAGAACCCAAACCCUGGACAGGCUGGUCCCAAGGCGGCUACCUGCACUACCCAGCCCCGAUCCUUCGACUAGGGGUGGGCGACAGGAGCGGAAAAGACUACUUCAACGCCGCAGAUCGCAAACACGACCUUGAACAAGUCUACGCCGGGCUCACAGCCCUAGGUAAAGUCCCUUGGAAAGUGCACCCUGGUGUUCUAAAAGUCCAGAUCGAGGCCUGGAAUUCUGGCGAAGCGGUCGCGAAUCUGGCGCCGCUAAAUCCGGUCAUACCACGGCCAGAAGAGCCCGCGGCGGAUGCGGAUCACGAAGAAAGGAGGAGAUGGAUGCAGGACGUCAAGGACACGAAGCAUAGAAGGGAUGGGUAUCACAGUAAACGUUGUUUUCAGAAUUUCCAGCUGGAGAUCGCUCGGUCGGUCGUCAACGAGACCUUGUACUUCCCUCAUAAUCUCGACUUCCGCGGACGAGCAUACCCGAUACCACCUUAUUUGAACCACAUGGGCGCGGAUAAUGUACGGGGAUUGUUAGUAUUUGCAGAGGGCAAGCCGCUUGGUGAGGGUGGACUGAGGUGGUUGAAGAUCCAUCUUGCGACUGUAGCGGGACAUGACAAGGCUAGUAUGUCCGAGCGUGUGGCUUUCACGGAGAAGCAUAUGGAAGAGAUCUAUGAUUCGGUGAGGAAUCCGCUUGGGGGCGGGAGGUGGUGGUUGAAGUCGGAGGAUGCGUGGCAGACGCUUGCGGCUUGUUUCGAACUGACUGCUGCAUUGGACUCGGAGGACCCGACACAGUUUCUCUCUACCAUUCCUGUUCAGCAAGAUGGAACUUGUAAUGGUCUUCAGCAUUAUGCUGCGCUAGGGGGUGAUAUGGUGGGUGCAAGGCAAGUGAACCUGGAACCUGGCGAUCGGCCGGCGGACGUGUAUACGGCUGUGAUGCAAGCGGUCGCUGAGGAAGUGGCCAAGGAUGCCGCGGCGGGGAAUCUGAUAGCGAAGAAGCUAGAUGGGAGGUUGACGCGGAAGUGUGUCAAGCAGCCUGUCAUGACUAAUGUCUACGGUGUGACUUUCUACGGAGCCAAGGAGCAGGUCGCUAAGCAACUGGAGGUACUCUUUCCAGAGGUGAACAGGUACGAUGAGGUCAACCUCGGCAGAAUGUCCUUGUAUGUGGCUACCAAGAUCUUCAAAAGUCUGGGUGAGAUGUUUUCGGGUGCGCAGGCUAUCCAGCAUUGGUUAGGGACUUGUGCGGACAGGAUCGCGACGUGUCUGACCCCAGAACAAAUCGACCAGCUCAUCAAACCGCCACCGGAGCCCACCAACUUGGACCCGCCGAAACCACGGCGGAUCACUCGAGCUGAAGAAGUCUCACUGAAGAAACAGGCCGAGGACAUAGCCGCAGGCAGAAAACCCACCCCGUAUCGUCCGCGACAUGCACCCAAGCCCGAUUCAGAAUCCGCGCCUCGCCGCGAAGCCGGUAGUACAUUAUCUGAUCGUGCGAUGCGGGAUGAAUUGAAACCGCUCUUCAAAUCCACCGUCGUCUGGACCACGCCGUUGAGGUUGCCGGUCGUGCAGCCGUAUCGGAAAAGUAAGACGAAUACCGUCCGCACGAGUUUCCAGAGUAUUGCUCUCCAGGAGCCCCAAGUCUGGGAUCCGGUGAGUAAGAGGAAGCAGUUGCAGGCUUUCCCGCCAAACUUCAUUCAUUCGCUAGAUGCUACGCAUAUGCUUCUUUCAGCGCUGAAGUGUGAUGAGGAGGGGAUGACGUUCGCAUCUAUCCAUGAUAGUUUCUGGACCCACGCCUGCGACGUCGACCGGUUGUCUAUUUUGCUCCGGGAUGCGUUUGUGGAGAUGCACAGUGAAGACAUCAUUGGUCGACUGAAGGAGGAGUUUGAGCUUCGGUAUAAGGGAUCCAUGUACCUGGCCAACAUCGCCGCCAAGUCUCCCGUUGGAGCCAAGAUCACAGAGUGGAGACGGCAGAACGCGGCGUUAGGAGCGGGGAAGGCAGGGGAGCUGAAGCUGGAGAAGGAGAGGAUGAGGUUGUUGCUGAGUGAGAGUGAGGAGGAACAGGCUUUGGGUAAGGCUAUGCUGACGCCUGGAGCUAUUGUUGAUGCGGAGGCGGAUAAGGCGAAUCUGCUUGCGUCGAGCUCACUCAGGGGACAGAGUCUUGGGAAUAUGCCGGAAAAUGUUGAGAGUGUAGAGUUCGAGGCUACGAACUCUGACGCAGAUGCCCUGGGCGAUCCUACUGAGGCUACGGACGAUUCUGCUGCGCUCACCGAAGGCGUGGUCAGUGGGUCUGUCCUCGACACAGACGUUGAGGCUAUGGCAGACCAUGGCUCCGAGCUAGGCAAGAAUGAAGACGUUGAGACCGGGGCUGAAACUGCGGAGACUGCGGCUCCAGAUGUCAGUAAUACCACGGCUGCUUCACCCAUGCCGAUGAAGAAGAAGAGUAGACAGACGCCAAGGAAAACGCAUGUUUGGCUGCCCAUGACGUUUCCUGAGGUGCCGGAGAAGGGAGAGUUCGAUGUUAGGCGGUUGAAGGCUAGUCAGUAUUUCUUCCACUGA